AUUUUUUUUUUUUUUUUUUUUCCUCCUGUGCAAACGCUUAUAUUUGGGAUGCGUGAAGCCUUUUUCUUUCGUCAAUCCACACGAGUCCAAGGAUGAAAGUAAAAAGCAGCUACGGUUUACUAUUGCUUGGCACCCUCAUCCCUUUGAAUGAUGCAUUUCAUGUGCACCAAAUCGAUAAACGUCAACAAAAGGAUGCCAUCGCUACGCCAGAAAUCCCUCCUUUAAGGCCAUUGCCUUGGGGUGACGUUAACUUUUUACAUACAACGGAUUCACAUGGAUGGCUAGAGGGUCAUGUAUCUCAAGGCUCCUAUAAUGGUGAUUUGGGUGAUUUCUACUCCUUCACUGUGAGAAUGAAAGAAAAGGCCAAGAAAAUGAAGAAAGACCUGUUCAUCGUGGAUACUGGCGACACCCAUGAUGGCAAUGGUUUAAGUGAUAUCACGUCUCCAAGAGGACUACUCUCUCAGCCAUUGUUGACGCAAAUACCGUACGAUUUACUUACCAUUGGAAAUCAUGAACUUUAUGUCGAUGACAUUACAAAUGAUACACUCCGAAACUUCAUACCCCAUUGGAAAGAUAAAUACCUUGCUGCUAACGUCUACGUUAAAGAUGCGAAUACUAACGUCACUGUGCCUAUCACCAAAAACAAGUAUACUUACUUUGAAGGCAAGUAUGGCACACGCGUUUUAGCCUAUGGCUUCCUUUUCAAUUUCCAGAAAAAUGGAAAAAUGUCAGUGAUUAAAAGCGUAGAAGACGAGAUCAAGCAGCCAUGGUUCCAGAAAUCUCUAGUGAAACACAAGCCAGAUAUCAUUGUUCUGAUCGGUCACAUGGGUUUACAUUCCAGCGAGUUCGCCAGCUUGAUUAAAGAAAUUCGUGCUCAUUAUCCAACAAUACCCAUUACUGUUUUCGGUGGCCACACCCAUAUACGGGAUGCUGCCAUUUACGAUCCUUGGGCCGCAGGUAUACAAUCAGGAAGAUAUUUGGAAACCAUUGGUUUCUUCUCACUUAAAUAUGAUAAGAAGACCUCAAAACAUGACCACCACCACCCUAGAAAUGUCACCUUUGCAAGACGCUACCUUGAUCAAAACAGAUAUACCUAUAUUCAUCACUCUGUAGACGGAAAGGAAAAAAAGUUUGAUACCAAAGAAGGCAAAAAAAUUACCGAAAAGAUUCAACAGCUCCGAAAAGAGUACGAUUUAUCGAUCCAGCUCGGCUGUGCACCACAAGAUUACAAGAUGUCCGCUGUGCCACCCGAUGAUCCUUCUAGCGUAUUUUAUCUACUCACCAGAGAGGUUCUGCCUAAAGUAGUGACCGAACCUCAAGCAAAGAAUCCUGCGUACUUUUUGGCCAACUCGGGCAGUGUACGAUAUGAUAUCGACAAAGGUCCAUUUUUGAUCGGAAACAUGUAUCAACUAUCGCCUUUUGAGGACUACUUCUACGCUAUACAAAACGUGCCUUACGAUGUCGUUGAUAAAGUGCUGCCUCUGUUGAAUAAGGAAGGAGAGAAAAUGAUGAAGAGAAACAUCCAAUGGCUCAAAGACCAGUCCACUGCUGAUGAUGCAGACGAAAUUACUUCUUUGGACAGACGUACUCCCAUUACUCCCGGAUAUGUUACCGUAGAUGACUUUGGUACAGAUGGCGAUGAUACAGAACACAUACCCGUCGAUACUUAUACUAUUCCAGCCUUUAUUGGAUCCGAAAUUCCUAAAAAUGACACCGGCUUCGUAGACAUUGUUUAUUUUGAUUUUAUUGAUAAUCAGUUGAAGGCUCUUUUACAAAGUCUUACCGGCCAAACCUGGACGACCAAUAAGCGGUAUGGAGACCCAAAGAUUACUAGUAGUACCAUUUGGAUCCACUUUGCUGAGCAAUAUUGGAAUACUACUGGUAGCUGCUUCUAAAUAAAAGCUUUAUUGCCUCCAUUUUUGACGAAUGAUGCCCAUUAUAACACUGCAAUCCUUUUUCUUUUGUAACAUUCUGGCUUUUUGUGUAUAUAAUGUUCAGAGAUCAUCAUUUUGCAGACUCUUGACCCAAUGUCCAAAAACGGGAAGGGAGGCGGAUAAUUCGGCUCGGUUGAUUCAAAAUCGGUCCCUGAUUACAUAUGAAAAUUUUCGGAAACCGAAAUCAGGGACAAUUUUAUUCGCUUUUGCUACAGUAUUUUCGGCUUUAAUUUAGACUUUUUUGUACACAAAAUUGAAUAUUUUAAUUAAUUUAAUUCAGAAAUUUUAAUCAUUAUUUUCG